AUGAGAAUGGUCAUUGAGCGCAAUAUGUUUGCUCAGACAAGAAGACUCGGUGGCUACGGCUCAUCGAUGCACGCCCUCAACAUGCACAUGGACAGAUACGACGAACUCGACUUCUUCGACAUCCUCAACAACCCCAACGAGUCACCUGAUAUGGACAGAGAAGGCAUCCAUGCCCAACUUGAGAAGAUUUACGGAAUGUGA